UCAAAAUUUUGUAAGUCAAAAAUGUUUUAGAAAUAAACUUUGGGUUUAAUUAGCAAAUUACAAGAUAUAUCUUAUAGAAUUUAAUAAAUUUAUGUAUGAUUUCUAUCCGCAUAUUACAAACGAUGUCUUUAUAAUUUUAAAGUAAUAUUUUUUUUGUAAUACCACAUGGGAUUCUACUCCUUGAAGAAUGAGCUCGAAUAAAGACCAUGAUGACAAUAAGGGGGAUACCAAAGUUCCCUCCGCAAUUGGAGCCGAAGAAUCGAUGAAUACGCUAAUACUUUGGAAUAUUUCCAAAGCUCUUCAACGGAAUCCUAGCCUUGAUUUAAAGACCGCCAUAAGAAGUGCUCACGAUCGCCUGGACAACACGCGGGAUGUAAACAAGAUCAUUACUCAGUCUCCGGAGGAACGGCAUCUAGCUUGUGCUCUGCUCGCCUGGCAGGAACUCGGACACUCCACGGCAGAUAGUCUUUAUCGAUUCAUUGAAAAUAAAUUGGGUGAUCAUGAAAGGAGAGCAAGUGAAACUCUUACACAGAACGCAAAAAUUAGAAUAUUAAGUCCAACAGAUGAAUCAGAAACUUUGGACUCUCAUCAAACGAAAACUUCGAAAGAUCAAGAAUGUUCCAAUAAACAGAAAUGCAAUAAAGAAUCAAAGCCUGUCCUAGAAAAAUGCGCUCAUUGUAACAAAGAGCCAAAAUCUAAUUCGGGCAAAUCGGAAAUUAGCCCACAUUCCAAAGGUAUUAAUAUAAAUUGCAAGGAAUCACAUCCUUCUCGUGCAAAAUGUAUUCGUAAAAUAGAAAGUUCCAAAAGUACGACCAUCAAUUGUAAUGAGGCGUGUUGUAGGAACAAUGCACAUGCUACUGCAUCCAAUAUUUGUGUUUUAAAUAAUACAAAAAACAAUAACCCGGAACGUUUGAGAGCUACGAAAUGUCCAUUCAUGACUUCUGGAUGUAAUCCAAUAUAUAAAUAUACAAAUGUCGACAAUUGUAUUAAUCGCGAUAGCUGCACACACUUUGAUACUGAUUCUCUUAAAGGCCCCGUAGUAACAUUGCCCCCAGACACUAAAGUAGUGAUGAGAUUAGAUAAUGCUUCGCCGUGUGAUCGACAUCGAGGAAAAAAGCCUAGAGCAGGAGAGAAGGAUAUCAUGAGCAAAAUAGAUGCGGCUUGUUGUAUGGAUUCAGCUUGUGCGGAGCGCCUUGCGGAAUUAGAUAAGGCUACUACAGAGCUGCGUAACAGGGCAGGUCGGCUGGCGCGACGCGAAGCCGAACGCGCCGAGCUGCUCGAACGAGCCGAGGCGGCCUGGAAAGAUCUCGAACUUGGCUACCAGCGCCGGUUGCGCCUCGCUGAAGAGAAGGAAUUUGAUAUCGGCAAACAGACCAAGAAAUUAAUAGAAGAGCGGAAUAGUUACAAGACAGCGUGUAUGAACUUGGCAAAAGUGUUGAAAGAGAGAGGGGAUGCGACAGAGAAAGAUCGUCAGAGCUUGGUCCAAGUAGAGAAGGAGAUGUGUUCAUUAGCCUGUAUGCGCAUGCGUCUGAGUGAAGAGGCGGCGCGCAGCGAGGCAGGACUUACCGAACAGCAAAUAAAAGUGACCCAGUUGGACAGAGAUCUACAAUUUAAAGAAGAGCAAACGCGAAGGAAGCUAAUUGGCAUCCAAGGCGAGGCGGAGUCAGUGCGCGCGCUGACCAUCGAGGCGGAGCGGGCGAUGCGCGCCGAGCUGGCCGCGCUACGCGACCAGGUGGAGGCGGUCUCCAAGCAGCUGCUAAAGGAGGACAACGAAAGCAUUAAGAUAAAGGCUGAGCUCGAGAGUAUAAGAAGUGAAAAAUCCGGCCUAGUCGAAGACUUGGAAGGUUGCCAGGUGACGUGUGACUCGCGGCUUCAAAAGAAGAUGGACGAGCUGAAGAAGGCACGGGAGAAACUUACGCAACUCAAGGAGAAAGUCAUGGAGUGCAAGUGCGUGAUACCUAUUGAUGCCUCUGUCGAGGUGAAGCGCACUCCGUCUCUUGCAGCCCUCUGUUCUUGUACCCCUGAAGAUAAACUACUGGAGUCGUGUUCCUGUACUUCCCUCCGGAGCCAGCUGCUGUCGAACUUGCUGUCAGAUCUUUUUGGAGGGCUGCAAGCCGAGCUGGGCGAUGUGGCGGCUCAGAUGCCGUGCCAGUACCUGAAAUGUUUGGAAGACAAACACAACUGGGACAAGGCAUCUUUAGUGAAAAGCAACCUACGUAGUUAUUUCUCAAAGUUGUUAAUUGGAGAACUUGAUAUAGCCAUAGCUACAGCUAUCGAAAAUUAUCACGCCAAGUGGGUUGGGAUUUCGUGUGUCGACACAAUGAGAGCGAUCCCCGACACCGACACAAUGAAUAAUGAAGGCUGGCAGGAACGAGCGAUUGAGCGUCGAGCACAGAAGCUCGCCAAUAGGUUGGCCGAGCAACUGUUCGAGGAGAGGGCCGACGAGUUGGUUCAGCGAGCUAAAGAUGUUGUCAAAUCGGGGCCUCCUCCGUGCGAGUGCAAAGAAACAGCUGUCUUUCCUUGUUUGAUAAAACCGCCGACAGUCGUUAGUGGAGGUUUUGCUGAAAGUGGAGGAGCAAUGUCUACUUACUGGCGGAAGACAUGUAAAGAUGUGACGCAGCUCCGAAUUGAAAUAGAAGAUUUAAAGAAGGAAUCUUUGAAAAAAGAAGAUUUGAAAGUUAUGGAGGAGAAAAUAUUUAAAUUGGUUCAAAGACCAUCAUCCGAGUGUGCUUUGCCGAUUUCUAAAGAAGCAAAACUGAAGAUUUUGACCAAUAACAAUACUGACAAUAUUAAAAUUACCAAACUCCAUGAUCAGUCAGUAAAUACAGAAACACCAUCUAAAUGUCCCGCACAAGUCUCUAAACCUAUUGCUGUUAGAAAAAGAAAUGUGGAUGUAAACCAUAUUACUAAAAAAAGCCCAAAAAAAGUUUUGAAUGAACAAUCAGAUCGUACGAAUAGAAAUUUUAAAAAAUGUGGACCAUUACAAACGUUUGCUGUCAAUACUUGUUUUUGUGGAAACCAAAAUAUGAUGCCUAAAAUAAUUAACGAAUCAAAUACAGAAAACGAAUGUAAAUCAAUUCGUAAACAGACAUUUUCAAAGACCUCACAUAACCAAAUAUCAAAUUCAAAACAAUCGAAACCUAUAAGUGGAGAAAUAGAAGCGAUGGUUAUGAAAAAUAAAAUCCUUCCUUCUUGUAAAAGUGGUUGUGUUUGUUUCCAUAAAAUACCAUCAAAUACUUCAUUGGACAAACUUUUAGAAAAAUUGACAAAAUGGACAUGUGAUUUAGAUGAAACUACUCAAAUACCGGGGGAUAGUAAUAUACAAUCCAAUUUAAACACCCAAUUUUCCCGAGAAAACAACUGUAAAUUAAUUGCUAAUAGUUUAGAUAUAUCUAAUAAAUUAGACCUUGGUGGAAAGUCAAAUAUCAUAUAUCAAGCAAGUACCGCUAAAACACCUGAAGAAAUCAUAAGUCAAAAUAUAUCUACUUAUUUAAAUACACCAAUUUUACCCAAUGCAAUUGAAUCAGAAUACUUAGGAACAAUAAAUUUGGAUAAAAGUAAUGAUCAUUGUCAGUGUAUGGUAAAACAAAAGUUAAAUAAAAAGGGAGCAAAAACACAAGAACCCAGUUCUCUUUUCCGGUGCAUCGAUUCUGAAUUUUGUGAGUGUAAAAAACCAUUGGAUAUAUAUGGCGAAAAAUCAAAUCUUAACAGUAAAAAGUCUGAAUCUGCAAUAAAAAAUGUCCAUACUAGCGAAAUGUCAGAAAAUAAAACAAAAAAAGGAGAUCUUAAAGUUCGUGAUGAAAUUAAUCAUCAAUCAGUUACUGAAAAAGUCAUACAUGAUGAAAUUGUAACAGACGCUAAUAAAACUGAUACAGCCAUUAAUCAAAUCGUCAAAACAUCUGAACUAUUUCCAUGUGACUGUGAUUAUUAUGUAAAACUUUUAGGUGUAACUUUGGCUAAUAUCAAUUCACAAAAAGUUUUUGACAAUAAACACAGUAUGUCUCAUCGGAAAAAGAAAUCCGAAAUUUUAUCAAAUGAUGAUAACGUGGAAAUGACGAGAAAUUAUCCAAAUAAGACUAAUGGGCAGAAAGGUGACCUUAAUUUACAAUCUUGUCAGUGUCAUGUACACUUUGAUCAAUUUAAGAACUAUAUGGAAAAUAACUUUAGAAAACCAUGGGGUGAUCAUUCUACAAAUGACAAAGAGCUCGAUGUUCCAAGCUUUAAAGAAAUUUCUUCAAAUAAUAACGAAAGCUGUAUUUGUUGUAAUAAAGGUACUUUAAAUGAGUCACAAGAAUUAGAAGUGAACACUUUUUAUUUACUCGAAGAACAUUUAAGAGGUAAAUUAGAAAAAUUAAAAAAAUCUUGUUGCAAAGUUUCAAGUUUACCAGUAGAAGAAGAAGAAAAGGUAUUUUCUUCAAUAUUACAGCGAGUAAAGCAAGUAAUUUCAACAAGUGCUAAUGAACUUAUAUGUAAAUGUAAAGAAGAAAAGCUGUCAGAUGGCAGUUGGAACCGUGCUAACACACUAUUACAAGAAUAUCUCAAAACUAAAAUUAAAAAAGUUCAAUGUUUGUGUGCUAAUGAAGAUCAAAAACAGGAAUGUGUUUUACCAAAAGUUUUAGAUGAAAUAUAUAGCCUUAUAGAAAAAGACUUCCAACGAUUAAAAAAUUUUUAUAAUUUUCAAAAGGCAAAUGAUAAUACCAUAAUUCCGAAUGAAAAUAGUAAUAAAGAUGAAAAACCCGAAAAGGAUACCAAUAAUUACAAUACAAUUAUUGAUUCUCAUGAAUUAUUAAUUCAUUCGAAACUAGAAAAAAAUAACAGAAUUUCCCAUUCAAAUUCGAAAAAUUCUAUGAAACCCAAAAAUAGUAUGUCAACUCAAGCUUUUUUUAAUUUUCAAAUGAAUUCAAAAUCAUGUGAUGCUAUAGAAAAAGAGACAAAAAAUAUACAGACAUCAGAAUCAGAUGUUAAAGGAUUUAAUAUGAAGAAAAACGAAAAUUGCGAUUGCAGUUCACUGAAAGAGUUUCUUAUUUCUGAUACUCAAAAUGUUAGUAAUCACUUCCAUAAAACAAAUAAUGUUGUCAAAAAAAUGUCAUCUCCUUAUAUAGGCUACACCGUUGAUUGUUCGUGUAAAUGUGCCCUUGGUACUUGUACCUGUAUAAAAUCUACAGUUGUAAGAAACAACGAUGAAAUUAACAACCUAUGGAAAGACUUGAUUAAAGAUAACCAAUCUAAAGUGAAGUAUUCGUAUAUUAUGAAAAGUCCACCAGAUAAGCGUGCAAAUCAAUCUGUCUAUAAUUCAGGAGUGGAACACUUGGUAAAAAAUACAAAUAAAAAUCAGAUAUCGAAAAAUACUGAAUGUGAAUUAAACGACGAAGAAAUUGUUCUUAAAGACUUAAAAAGACAUGUAAUAGUAUCAAAUAAUUCUGCAAAUACUUGCGAUAGUAAUAUAAACAUUAAGGAUAUCAUUAUAAAUUCCGAAGAGAGAGAUGAAGUUUGUGAAUGUCGUGUAAUAAAACCAAUUUUGAAGACCACUAUACGUAGUGAUUCUCAGCUGUCCAAUACUAUGAAUAUGCAUAAAACACAAUCAUUAAGCUGCGAUUGCAACAUGGUUCCCAUAUGUCAUGUGAAAAUGUUAGUGGAUAGUAUAGAAAACCGCAUUUAUCACUCCAAAUGCACUUGUGACUCGUUCAGCGCUAGAGUAUGUCCUAUACAUUCAAAAAAAGUAAUAUUAUUACUAAAUGAAAAGAUGGAUCCAACUAAAGAUAAGAAGAAUAAAAAAUAUAAAACAUAUGCAAAUGGUACCGAGAAAAAAAGAAACAGACCGAAUAUUUUUUCAAGAAUAUUUCUAUGGUGGGUGUGUCCUGUACUUAUAAAAGGGAAUAAAAGAGACGUCGAAGAAGAUGAUCUUAUUGUGCCUACUAAACAAUACGACUCUCAGAAACUCGGAGACGACUUUGAAAAGUACUGGACAGAUGAAUUAAAGAGAGCAGAGUUAGAAAACAGAAAGCCUUCGCUAUGGAAAGCUAUAGUAAGAGCGUACUGGGUAGCUUACCUGCCAAGUGGUGUAUUUGUCUUCAUAUCGGCUAUUGCAAGGACAUACCAGCCGCAGGUGUUCACGCAGCUGCUAUCGUACUGGUCGGUAGAUUCGGAAAUGGACCCCCUGGACGCCGGACUUUACGCUCUCGCCAUAUUGGGCCUGAACUUCGUCGGCGUCAUGUGCCAGCAUCACAACUCGCUGUUCGUAAUGCGUUUCAGUUUACGGAUUAAAAUUGCAUGCUCAGCUCUUCUCUAUCGAAAAGUGCUUCGCAUGAACCAAGUGGCCCUUGGCGAGGUGGCGGGAGGGAAACUAGUCAACUUGCUUUCCAACGACGUGGCGCGAUUCGACUACGCGUUCAUGUUCUUGCACAACAUGUGGGUCAUCCCCAUCCAAACUGCCGUCAUCCUCUACCUGUUGUACGUCGCCGCUGGAUACGCGCCUUUCGUAGGAUUAGGCGUUGCCCUAAUUCUAAUUCUGCCCUUGCAAUUUUUUCUCACGAAAUUUACGUUUAUCGUAAGGAGGCAAGUUGCAAAAAGAACAGAUAGAAGAAUCAAAUUAAUGAAUGAAAUUAUAAACGGAAUACAGGUUAUAAAAAUGUAUGCCUGGGAAAUACCUUUCCAACUAGUGGUGAAAGCUGUGCGGGAGUACGAGAUGCAAGCUCUCAAGAGGUCGCUGUUUAUCCGCAGUUCCUUCAUUGGCUUCAUGUUAUUCACCGAGAGGUCCAUCAUGCUGUUCACUAUCAUAACACUCGUGUUUGCUGGUUCUAUGAUUUCUGCCACCGUGAUUUAUCCAAUCCAACAAUACUUCAGUACGAUUCAGUUUAAUGUCACUAUGAUUUUACCUAUGGCCAUUGCUUCUUUAUCAGAAAUGUUGGUGUCGAUUGAACGCAUUCAAGAUUUUCUCGUUUUGGGUGAAGUUUCUGACAAUGUUGCGAAAAAAAAUAAUGGCUCGUAUGCUGACAACUUAACUUUCAACUCUAAACACGAGCCCACUGGGAAAUCAAAUGUUCUUGCCAAUAAAAUAACAUCCCUUGACAACCUCGAAAUCGUUGCCGCACCUGCAAAACCUGUAAAUAGCGACUUUGCCGUGGAAAUAUCUGAUGUGAAUGCCUCAUGGAUCGAAGAUGCCAGUCCUGAAGAUGCCACUUUGAAAAAUUUGUCCUUCCGAGUGCGCCAUAAAAAAUUGUGUGCCAUCAUCGGUCCCGUUGGCUCUGGAAAGACUUCUGUGCUCCAACUUCUCCUAAGAGAACUACCAACUCGCACGGGUUCUGUCAAAGUAAAUGGUACAAUUUCUUACGCUAGUCAAGAACCAUGGCUAUUUUCGGGAACUGUGCGGGAAAACAUUUUGUUUGGACUCCCCUAUGAUGUUGAAAAAUACAAAGAGGUGGCUCGUGUAUGUUCACUUCAACCUGACUUUAAACAAUUCCCUUAUGGUGACCUGUCAUUGGUCGGUGAUCGCGGAGUGUCACUUUCGGGUGGCCAAAGAGCCAGAAUAAACUUGGCUCGAGCAGUCUAUAGAGACUCUGACAUAUAUUUGCUGGAUGACCCGCUGUCCGCAGUAGACGCAAAUGUAGGUCGGCAGUUAUUUGAAAUCUGCAUCAAAGGCUAUCUGGCCAAAAAGACGUGUAUUUUGGUAACACAUCAAAUCCAUUACCUGAAGGCAGCCGAACAGCUAAUUAUUUUAAAUGAUGGCACUAUUGAAAAUAUGGGUACCUAUGAUGAUCUCGUCAAGUCAGAAAAAGAAUUUUCAAUGCUUCUAGCUAGUCUCCAAGAAGGUGACGUAGAAGACGGUGGCGCAGAUAAGGGUGUAAAGAGACCCUCUUUACACAGAGGAGUGUCAGUCAAGAGUGAGGAUGGUCGAGAAGAAAAGCAACAAGUUUUAGAAGCAGAAGAAAGGGCGAAAGGAAAUCUGAAAUGGGAAGUUAUAUUCAGUUAUAUAAGCAGCGUCCAAUCUUGGUUCUUUGUUAUGAUUGCUGUGUGCACCCUGAUUGUAACCCAGGCAGCUGCAACUACCGCCGAUUACUGGAUCAGUUUUUGGACCAACUCUGUAGACAAUUACAUAAAUGAUUUGCCAGAAGACGUCGACCCUGAUCCUGGUUGGAACACGGAAAUUGGGAUUUUAACAACUGCUGGAUUUGUUUAUGUAUUAUCUGGAGUUGUAGUCUCCCUAAUCAUCUUAACACAACUGCGAAUUGUCACUUUCGUUUCUGCGACUAUCCGUGCGUCACAAAACUUGCAUAACUCGGUAUUCAAGAAUAUUAUAAAUGCUGUUAUGAGAUUUUUCGACACCAAUCCAUCCGGAAGAAUUUUGAAUAGAUUCUCUAAAGAUUUGGGUGCAGUCGACGAGUUGCUACCGCGAAGUUUGCUGGAAACCUUGCAGUCAUACUUGUACAUGAUCAGUGUAUUGACCCUCAACGCUAUAGCUUUGCCAUGGACCUUAUUACCAACAUCUAUUUUGAUUAUUUUAUUUGUUGUCAUGUUAAAGUGGUACUUAAAUGCCGCUCAAGCUGUAAAACGGCUUGAAGGUACUACAAAGAGUCCUGUAUUUGGAAUGAUCAAUUCUACUCUUUCUGGACUUUCCACAAUCAGAAGUUCUAAUUCUGAAACCAGGCUUCUAAGACAAUUCGAUAAUGCACAGGAUAUACACUCGAGUGCCUUCUACACGUUUUUGGGCGGCUCCACUGCAUUUGGCUUGUACUUGGACGUUCUGUGCUUGGUCUACCUUGGAAUCAUAAUGUGCAUUUUCCUGUUCAUUGAGUUUGGUGACUCGAUACCUGUGGGAAGCGCGGGGCUGGCCGUCAGCCAGUCCAUGGCGCUGAUCAUGAUGCUGCAGAUGAGUGCGCGGUUCACCGCGGACUUCCUUGGACAGAUGACGUCCGUCGAGAGGGUGCUUGAGUAUAAGAGGUUGCCACAAGAGGCCAACAUGGAUGAAGGACCGAUACAACCUCCCAGUCAAUGGCCUAUGAAAGGAGAAAUAGUGUUCAAAGAUGUGUCAAUGAGAUAUGGACCUCAAGAUCCACCUGUUUUGAAAAACCUCAACUUUGUCCUAAACGCAACUUGGAAGGUGGGUGUGGUCGGGCGCACUGGAGCGGGCAAGUCCUCGCUGAUAUCUGCCCUCUUCCGUCUCACAGAAACCGAGGGCAGUAUUAUGAUAGACGGUCUCGACACACAAGAAAUCUCUAAGAAGGAAUUGAGGUCCAGGAUAUCGAUAAUACCACAAGAACCGGUGCUGUUCUCCGCCACGCUUCGCUAUAACUUGGACCCGUUCAACAGCUACAGUGACGAUGAGAUUUGGCGGGCUUUAGAACAGGUGGAGCUCAAGGAUGCGGUGCCAGCAUUAGAUUACAAGGUAUCCGAAGGUGGCACCAACUUUUCUGUCGGCCAGCGUCAACUUAUAUGCUUAGCGCGAGCAGUUUUGCGCUCUAAUAAAAUUCUAGUCAUGGAUGAAGCUACAGCCAACGUAGAUCCUCAAACGGACGCGCUUAUUCAGAAAACAAUUCGCCGUGAGUUUGCAUCCUGCACUGUCCUAACGAUAGCCCAUAGAUUGAACACCAUCAUGGACUCCGACCGAGUGUUGGUGAUGGACAAGGGCCAAGCCGUAGAGUUUGACUACCCUUACCGGCUACUGUCUAACCCCGAUAGCAUUUUCUCCUUCAUGGUCCGAGAGACAGGGGACAACAUGAGCAAAGUCCUGCAUGAAAUAGCCAAGACUAAGUACUUCCGAGAUAACCCAGCAGAGAGAUAAUCUAGACAAAAGAUAAUAGAAUAAAUAAAUAUAUUUCUGUCGAAAUACUUUAACGUUGUAAAAUCAAUAAAUCAAGGCUAUUCUUUCCAUUAACCUAGUAAGUUCGUAAAUACAGGUUUCAUUUCUUCACUCUCUGCACUAACCGAUGUUGCCCGAGGCGUGUUAAAUUGUGUCAAUCUUUUAAAAUAAUAAUUUGCAUCAUUUUUUGUAUUAUCUAAGAAAUGUAAUUUAUAUGCGCUAUUUAGAUAAUAUUUUUACAUUGUAUUUUUUAUGUUAAUAGAAAAUAUAGAUAUUAUAAUGCGAAA